UCUAUGCGAGUGAUGUCUCUCCAGCGGCGCCUCAGGCGACACUUCCCCGGAGGAGCGGCGCACGGAAGCCGGUGUGGUGUACGGUGAGAGGAGAGAGAGAGAGAGAGAGAGAGAGAGAGAGAGAGGGAGAGAGAGAGAGAGAGAGAGAGAGAGAGAGAGGGAGAGAGAGAGAGAGGGAGGGAGAGAUAAAUAGAGAAAUAGAGAGAAAGAGAGAAAGAUAGAGAGAGAGAGUUUACAGCUCGACCGAAGUGCGCUAUCAGCUGCUAAAGGCUGGACAGACAGACGGUGUGGUGGACGCCGAUAAGAGGUGGAGAAAGACAGACAGAGGGUGGAGGUGGUACGAGGCGUCGGACGGAGCUCUCCCUGGUCGGUGACGGUGUCGGUGUCGGUGGUACAGAUGGGUGCGACUCUCCUCAGCUCGAGCCGGCAGCACGGUCACCCUAAUGCAGCCUGAAUCCAGCUGCGAAUGACCCUCAGCUAACAUCUGCGGCAGCUGACACCAUGCUCCCCAGAAACAUGCGAACAGGUGGUUACAACCUGCCGGGGGUGGAGUCAAGCGAAGUGCCUCUCAUUGGCUACCGGCCCCUGUCACCUGACUCUGGCAUCAACCAAUCGGGGAGGAGAAGCAGCAGAGAUGAAUUGGACACUUCACAGGCAGAGCCCUCCCCAAUGAAGACCACCUGGUACUGUCCUCUGGAUCUGUCCACUGUAGUGGAGGAAGAGGAGGAUGGAGUGAUCUACACAGUCGUCAAACAGCCGCCUGGUGCACUCAAUAAUCCAGUGUCAUCGGUUACUCGCUCCCAGUGUGUGAAAGCAGGAACAGAGGAAAAGCUUGUGCUCCACCUCCUCCAUUCAUUUUCUAUGGGAGACUCCUCCUUCAUCACCAUCUUCCUCUCUACAUAUCGAUCAUUCACGUCCACGCAGAGAGUGCUGGACAUCCUCACUGACAGAUUAGAGAACCCACCUGGGGAGAACGAGAGGAGCCAGACGAGACAAUCUUUCAACAAAGCGGUGUGUACAGUGUUCAGGACGUGGCUCUCUGAAUAUCCUGAGGACUUUAAGAGUCUGGCGGAGCCCUCUCGCCUGCUGCGCCUGGCUCCCCUCUUUCCCCAGGACUCCUCAUCUGCAGCCGACCUCCGUGCUCGGCUCCUGAGGAUAGCAGAGCAGCUCAGCGAGCGAGCCCUGCUCCCUGGCGCCCAUAAAGAUCAGACCGGUUUCACCAGCUCGCCUCCUAACGCCUCCAAGUUUGAACCCACCAGCAUCCUGGGCUUCCCUGCAGCGCUCAUCGCCGAGCAGCUCACCAAAAUAGAGACAGAACUGUUUGUCCGUCUGGUCCCGUACCACUGCCUGGGCUCUCUGUGGUCUCAGAGGGACAAAAAAGGGAGGGAAGAUGUGUGUUGGUCCGUCCGGGCCACCGUACGUCAAUUCAACAAAUUGGCUAAAGCAGUUUUAGCAUCCUGCCUUUGGCCCACAAAGCUGCGAAGCCAGCAGAGAGCCCGACUGCUGGAGAAAUGGAUCGGCGUAGCAGAGGAGUGCCGAGCCAGGAAGAACUUCUCUUCGCUGUAUGCCAUCGUGUCGGCCCUGCAGAGUAACCCCAUCCACCGGCUCAGGAGGACAUGGCAGGAAACUGACAGGGAGGCAAUGAAGAGAUACGAGGAGCUGUCUGAGAUAUUCUCAGACAAGGACAAUUAUGCACAAAGCAGAGAGCUACUGAAGGAGGAGGGCACGGCCAAGUUUGCCAACCUUGACAACAGGCUCAACAACAAACACGUAAACAGGUCGAAUGCCCAGGGCACCGUGCCCUACCUGGGAAUCUUCCUCACAGACCUCACCAUGCUGGACACGGCGGUCAAAAACAGGCUGGAUAACGGCUACAUCAACUUUGACAAGAGGAGAAGGGAAUUUGAGGUUUUAGCUCAAAUCCGGCUCCUACAGUCUUCCUGCAAAAACUGUGUUUUCACCGCUGACGAGGCCUUCACACAGUGGUAUCAGAGCGUACCCACGCUCACAGAGGAGGAGAGCUAUAGACUGUCGGGGGAAAUAGAAGCGCCUGGAGAGCCGAGCUCUCGUGGUCCUACUCCGACGGUCAUCAUCACACAGUGCCCAGACCUAAGUACCUCCCGGACCAGCCUGCAUGGUGACAGUGACAGCCUCUUUGACUUCCCCUCCCCAGUUAACCACCUCCUGUCAAAACUCACAAAGCACAUGAGAUCUCCGUCUGUGUCCUGUCUCGAUGUUGACACGUCUCCCCCGACCAAUGACUCCACUCCUGCCACUUUGUCUCCAACCACUCCCACAAAAUCACACCGCCGAUCAGCCUCCUGCGGCAACAACCCUCCCAAUAACGUCCAAGGGUCGGGGCCCGACAUGCGAAUCAUCAGGAUACGAAUGGACCUGCAGGACGGGAAUCUGUACCGAAGCAUUCUGGUUACGAGCAAUGACAAGACCCCCACUGUGAUCAGCUCUGCCUUAGAAAAGCACAAUCAGGACCCCAAACAGACUUCCAGAUAUGAGCUGAUACAACUUCAGCCGGAAGGGAAAGAGCUGGUGAUCCCUGCAACAGGAAACGUCUUCUACGCCAUGACUUCAUCCAGUGUUGACUUCCUGUUGAGAAAAAAAGGCGGAAACACUCCUCUGGGCUCGCAGCCAAUCAACACGGAGACGAGCGCCACUUUUCCUCGAAUAAAAGCCAAGGGGAGGAGGCUGGUGCGGACUCUAUUCUGACGCCACAUCUGAACUUUGUCCACAGUGAUGUUACUUUUCUCGCCGUCCUGACAUGAACGCAGGGCGAGCCCUCACUAGCAGCAACCGUGGCCUUCUUUGUGCUCAACAAAUAUCUGCGUAUGCCUUUCUACCGCGCUCCUGCAAAGCUUCCUCGACCAAAAGACCAAGUCUCCAUCGCAUUUUUCAGUCUAACCUUUCAGACCUCCAUCCGCCCUGCUGAGUUCAGCGGAGACGCAUGCUGCUGAAUAAACUGUCAGUUUGCCUCUUUCCUGAAAAUACCCAGAACUUAUUCCCACCAAGAGGAGGAGGAGGAGCAGUGGAAACCUGUCACAGAGUACUCCUGGUGCUGGCCCUUAACUUUCAUUCAGGUUGCACUUAAAGCAUUUACUUCAUUCCAACUCGAUGACUGUUUUAAUUCCUUCCUCUUCGAAGGACGUUCCUCGUUGUUGUGUGCCACCGUUGUGAAAAUAAGAGUCUGUGAUCUCACACGAGACACAGCUGAAGACUGAGGAGGAGUGUUUUUGUAAAGGAGUGAAAUCUGAAUACACAGAGCCUGUCAGACAUAGUUCUGGUUAACACUAGCACACUAAAAGAAGACUUAUUAAAGAUGCAGUGCAAGUGAAUUACUGUAGCAAAACACUGGAGCUUGUUAAAAGAGACGUAUACAUGUUUUGUAUAUAUUAAUAUAUAUAUAUAUUUUUAA